UGCAAUAAAAUCACUUUACACCGACUCACCGGGACCGGAUUGCUUGACAGUUGAACGUCAGUCGUUGCGGCUAUUUGUGAUCGAAAGGUGAUUUUUCUAGGGAAUGUCAGCGGCAACAUUUGGUCAGAAGCGCUUCAAUCCGGUGCCACCUGAUAAGGGAAGUUUUCCAUUGGACCACGAAAACGUCUGCAAAGUGCCGAUGCUUCAGUAUAUGAAAUGCUUGCAACUGAAUCGAGACGACAGUACGGUGUGUCGACAAGAGGCGAAAAAGUACCUGGAGUGUCGCAUGGAGAACAACUUAAUGGCCAAAGAGGAGUGGAAAUCAUUAGGAUUCCAACAACAACAACAACCUGAUCAACCAUCGACUGUUGAAAAAUAAGAGUCAA